CUGUGUGUCUAUCUAGCUCGCCCUCUCCCUCCUCUACCUGUCUCCCACAUCUAUAUAAUAUUCUCCUCCCUCUCUCAUGUUAAAUAGAUUACAGGGGAUUCACUUAUUUAAAGGCUUCGACAAAAGCUGUGUGUGCAUAUUUUUGGGUCGGCUUAGAGCAAUUAAACCCACACAUUGUGAGCACCUAACUGGAGGAAUCUAAUUACAACCUACCACCAAGCCCAGCCCAUCAUACACAGUCUGGAGUCUGGACCUCACACUGCCUUCCACGAAAGAGUUCCUUAGAAGCUCCAGGACUACAGCAGCAGCAGCCCUGCCUGACCCAGCUGGAUCAUUGUACGCCGGCUGCACACUGGUGCGUUUUUUCUUUGCAGGAGACAGGAGCCUCACCGAGAGCUCCGCACACCGGUUCCCAGGCUGUCUCUUCGGCUGCUUCCCGCGCUUAUGGACAAUGACGAGGAUGAUGAUGGGAACUUCACCAAGUGGAUGAGCAGCUACUGGGGGCACGGGGUAGGGGAGGAGCACGCCAAAGAUAGGAAAAGAAGUUUUAGAAGGUCCUCACGCAACAAAGCUGACCGCCGUGCCUCUUUGCCCUGCAUGUCUCAGCUAGAAGCCAUGCAGGCGAAUCAUUUCCAUGCUAACACCAUGGCCCCUGGCCCUGUCCACCUAAAGGGCCGUGAGGAGAAGGAGGUGCACUCUCAUCCUCGUGCCCGCCGUAUGUCUUCAGACGAAAACAGCCGAACCAAAGUGGUGGGACCUGAAUGUCACAUCAGCACCAUUCCAGAGCUCACUGAGUGCUUAGAGAAGAGGCUGCGUUUCAAUAACCAGAAGGGUGAUGCAGAUAGCAUAUGUCUCAUUUGCCAUGAAGAACUAUGGAAUGGAAGAGGUGGCAUCCAAGAACUUCACUGUGGCCAUCAUUUUCAUAAAGAGGCAAAAUGGCCAGAGCACAGCGCACGUCCACGUAGUGGGAGUUCUGCACCUGCUUGUGAGCGAGGAAAGGAGAUACCGUUCUGCCCUGGACAGGAGGAAUAUCGUUUACCCCGUCGCCAACUCUCUUUGCGUAGACAACGUUGAUUGUUUUUUGUUUAAAAUACACUCUAAAAAAUAAAGGUUCUUUAUAUUUAUUAUUUAGA